AUGUCAGUAACAAAAGUCGUAAGUCCAGCUAAUUCAGGAGACUUUUAUAGAUUUCAAAAUUUUCAUAAAGUUGUAGUCUUUUUUGGAUUUAACUAUACCAAAUAUAGUCCAGAAAACCAUUUUUUAAAAUCGAUCGCUUUAUCAAAAAAUAAAAAUAGUGCAGAAAUAAUUGAAAAAUAUUGCAAUGAAUUAAAUAUCAAACCAGAGGAAUUAAGACAGUUACAAACAGAUGUCAACAUCUUACAUAAAACUAUUGGCAAUCAAAAAUCUAUUAUUUUUUCAAAAGUCGAUAUCACAGAUAAAAGCAAAUAUCAUCCAUUAAAAGAUAUUUUAGAAAGCAAUGAAAAAUACAGAAAAGAUAAAAUCGAAAAAAUUCUUAAAUUUGUGAAAGAGAAAAAUAUCAACAUUACAAUCCCAGACUAUGUCAAAGAAAGAAUCUUUAUUAAUGUUGAUCACGACUAUUCUCUUGAUAUCAAAUCCAAAACAAAAGAGGAAUUCAAAAACGAAAAAGGAGAUAAAGAAGAGAACAAACCCCAAAAUGAAGAAAAAUACUAA